AUGGUCCCCAAGACACCAGCCUACCAUGCUAGUGCUGUCUCUAUGAAAUGGUUUGAAUCAUAUCUAUCGAAACGCUCUCAAAUCUGUUCCGUUGCUGGGUCAUUAUCUGCGCCACUUACUCCAUCUUGUGGUAUCUCUCAGGGAUCAAUACUUGGCCCCGUUUUGUUCUCCCUAUAUAUGAAUGAUCUACCCUUAAAUAUACCUGAAGCAAAUGUUGAUGUCUAUGCCGAUGAUACAACACUCUGGAAAUCUAAUGGUGACUGUAUUAAAAUUCAAAAUGAUUUUCAGAGUAGUCUUGAAUGUGCAAAUGUCUGGUUUAAGCAAAAUCAUAUGAAACCUAAUAUUACGAAUACUAAACAUUUGCUCAUUGGCACUCACCAGAAGUUGCGACACGCAAAUAUAUCUUCUUUGGAACUUAACCUAAAUGGAGUACUUAUUGAAGAAGUUAAAGACGAAAAACUCUUGGGUGUAAAAUUAGACAAAUAUCUUAGUUGGAAUGAUCAAGUUAACUGUUUAAUGAAAAAAUUGAACUCGCAAUUUUUCUUAUUGAAGAGAGCCAAAGGUUAUCUGUCUAUUUCUGGUAGAAAGAUGUUGUAUAAUGCAUUGAUUAAAUCAACACUGGAAUAUUGUUGCACAGUUUGGGGCAAUUGCUCAAACGAACAACUAUUAAGACUUUUAGGAUUACAAAAGCGUUGUGCCCGCUUAAUCCUUGAUGCGAAUCCAUCUGAUAAUUCAGUAGCACUAUUUAAUACAUUAAAGUGGAUUCCCAUAGAUGACACUAUUCGUGUACAUAAAUUGUGCAUGAUGUAUAAAAUAAUCAAUAAAAUGUGUCCACAGUAUUUUGAUAACUAUGUAAGUUAUAUUAAGAAUCGGCAUGAAUAUUGUACUAGAGCAUCUUCUAAUAUGAAAUUAGUUGUACCGAAAUGCCAUACAAGAUCUGGACUUCGUUGUUUUCAUGCUAGUGCUGUUCGUCUCUGGAAUGA